AUGUCGACUCGCAUCCUCGAGGCUCGCCUUCAGCAUCUGUCCUUUAAUGACGACACAAGAGAGGAUUAUCAGGCAAAGGUGAAAACCAACCUGGCAGUUCUCUCAAAUAGCUCAAGUCAACAAAGUCUUCUAAGAGCCGUUCUGCAAGGCCAAAAAAAAGACGCUUCUACGACCCUUGUUCGCCAAGCGUUGCCCCGGACAUCGCCGAGCCACAACGACCGCAACGUCGACGAGACAAAUGAUAAAUCUCUAGCUGGGGACGAGCUUGUACGCCCCACCAAGCAGCCUACUGUCAACGUGUUGCAUUUGGGGAUGUUCGAAAUUGGCAAACCACUAGGCAAGGGCAAGUUUGGCCGCGUGUACUUGGCACGCGAGCGCAAUAGUGGUUUCGUAUGUGCAUUAAAAGUCCUGCACAAGAACGAGCUGCAAGAAGGCCGCGUCGAAAAGCAAGUACAACGCGAAAUUGAGAUUCAGAGUAACCUGAGACACCCUAAUAUUUUAAGAUUGUACGGUCAUUUCCACGAUAGUAAGCGCAUUUUUCUCAUUCUUGAGUUUGCCGGCCGCGGCGAGUUAUACAAGCACCUACGCAAGGCGAAUAGAUUUUCCGAACCAAGAGCGGCAAGGUAUAUAGCACAAAUAGCGAGCGCAUUGCGCUACUUGCACCGCAAGCAUGUGAUUCAUCGGGAUAUCAAGCCUGAGAAUAUCCUUGUUAGUAUACACGGCGAAAUCAAGAUCUCCGAUUUCGGUUGGAGCGUGCAUGCGCCCGGUAAUCGCCGAAAGACCUAUUGCGGAACGCUUGAUUACUUGCCCCCUGAGAUGGUAUCUGCCAUAAACCAAGAUAAUUCUUACGACGGCAAAGUUGAUCUGUGGGCUUUAGGGGUGCUCACCUAUGAAUUUCUGGUUGGUGAGGCGCCAUUUGAGGAUACGCCUGUCAUGACUUGCAGAAGGAUUGCCCGGGCAGAUAUGCAGGUGCCGUCGUUCCUUAGCUCUGAGGCUACGAGUUUUAUCAAGGGGUUACUUGUGGUAAACCCCGAAAAGAGACUAGGACUUGAGCAAGUUCAACAACACCCCUGGAUUUUGAAGCACUGUCGAUAG